AUGGCGGGAUUGAUGGACGGGGCCCUGUCGCCCACCAUCAAAUGCUCCAAUUGCGGGCUGAAUGUUGAGAUCUCUGAGAUGGGAGAUCACGUCUGCAAACCUGUGCCAGCACCUCCAUCUCCGCCGCCUCCAUCGCCUCCCCCAGAAUCCGACUCUGCGACAGUCUCGACUCACCUGAGGAACCCGUCUGGACCCAGACUGGGACGACCGGGGCCUCCACCGCGCAUCGAUCCAAUUUUAGCGAAUCGGCCGUACUUGCACCCCAAUGAAGAUCUAUCCAAGAGUGAAAAGGACUCUCUGACUCCGUCUCCGCUUUCAGUAUCGACAGGACAACGGUCGCCAUAUUUGCAGCAAAGGAGUCGCAUAUCUCCCCUUUUGGAUGAACCUGAUUCUCCUGAUGUGAUCAAGCCAGUUGGCGACUUACCGGCGUUCCCCUUGCCACGAUCGAUCUCCAAGAAACGAAAUGCUUCACUGUCUCGGUUGCAGAUAGCCCAAACUGCACCGCCAGUGCCCUCCCCGCAUUUCGCGCAUGCGAUGGAUGGAGAGGCUCCGCAGCCUCCGCAGAGUGCGCGCAUGUCAGGAUACGAGAGAGGACGCUCACCCCCGCCUUUGACGAAACAGCAUGAUAGGCCUCCCGCUCAAGCGAUCUCCCAUAGACAUGGGGACUCGAUUGAUAGCAGGAGUAGUUACGGAACGUCCGCCGGGAGUACCCGGUAUGGCGAGAACAGCUCCAAGCGAUCGACUGCCAUGUCCAGUCGACGACCCUCUUUCGGAAGCAUUGCUCAAGAGUCACAUCAAUUUAGGGAAGAGGCAUCAUCUGGCCGCGCCAAUCAUCUAGAACCUUUGAUCGAGCAUUCAUCCUCAGUCGAGCAAUCAGCUGGGGCGGAAAGCCCGAAGCAUGACGGAAAGGGCGGCAGCUUCAGCGGGUUCGAUUUCGGGGUAGCAACCGCCGAGAAACCAUUUCCUGAUCCAUUGCGUGUAUCGUCUCAUACGAAUUCAGACCGGCUUAGCAGCACACGAGGCUCCGCUGAGCUCUUCUUCCGAAGCCCGUCGCAGAGUUCGUUUGGCUUACCCGCUGAGUGGCUUGAUCGGAAUGAAGCACGAUCGUCGUCUUCGUCCUCUGCCAACAUAUCAUACAAAGCUUUUCGGCCCUCGGGCUCAGACCUUGAACAACCCAGUGUCCCCCAGUCUGAGCCAAAGGAUGUGUCCAGGAAAGGCACAGGUGAAAGCAAUACAUCGGUUUCCAAGUUUGCCCGUGCUCUAGGGCUCGAUUUUCCCGAUCAUGCGGCGGAAAAUUCGACUUCUUCUUCUUCCGAAUCGUCGCCCUCUGAAACACGAAGCGGAACCUCAAUUUCCAGCCUUCCUUCAGAAGCAAGCCUGUCGAGACGAAAGCCGUCGGAGACGAGCCGACUGGGAGUCGUCAGAGAGCAGCAGGCCAAUGGCAAUCAGCAACCAGUGCUGCCCGAAACCGAGCAGACGGAAAGUCCCAUUGACCUCGAGCCCCCGCGAAUUCCGGCUUCACUUCUUAGUCCCGACUCCCCGACGGACCCGGCCAUCAAUCAAGGUAGUUUGUCAUUGGUGGUAGACAAGGCACCAAGCGUUCCUCCACAACCUCGCGAACAUCGCGUAACUCAUGAAGCUCCCGAAUCUCGAGAUGAGCCCCCGGUACGGCCCACUAUCACUCGAUCGGCAACAGAGCCUCCUGCUCGACCGCCACCUCGGCCCAAAGGGCGUUGUCGGGGAUGCGGUGAGGCGAUUCUGGGAAAGUCUGUCUCGUCCAAGGAUGGCCGCCUGACUGGGCGAUACCACCGCGAAUGCUUCGUCUGCUGUCAUUGCCGAUCGCCAUUCGAGACGGCCGAUUUCUAUGUGCUGAAUGACCGCCCGUACUGUGCACAGCACUAUCACGAACUGAACGGAUCGCUUUGCAGUGCAUGCAACAAGGGUAUCGAAGGCCAGUAUCUCGAAACGAACGAGAGAAGCGGCCCGGGGCCGGCGGAUCACAAGAAGUUCCACCCCGAAUGUUUGACCUGUCGGACCUGCGGGAUUCCUGUCAAGGGCGAGUACUUUGAAUGGAACGGACAGGUGUACUGCGAACGCGACGCUCGCCGGGCCGCUGCAUCCGUGUCGCCAAAUCGCAUGCGCCGGCCGACCUUGCCAUCGUCGCCUUUGGCGGCUCGUCCCCCCAACUACCCCCCGAUGUCUCCUGGGUAUCCCCGCCGCCCUGGCCCAGGUCAUGGACCACCUGGCUUCGGCCCAGGUCCUGCUCCUGGCUCUCGUCGUCCUUCCGGGAUGUUGGAUGUACCACGUGGGCCUCCCCCAGCGGGCGCCCGACGAUUCCCGGAAAGGCGGACCACCCGGUUAAUGAUGACAUGA